AUGAUGAUGCCGGUUUACCCGCAGACAACGCUCAUGGUGGCCAUCGUACACUUCAACCCGCAGAUGCACGUGGGGGGUGGCAGGGCGCACGUGACGGAAACAUGGAUCUUUGCAUCUGAAGACAUGGCGCAUGACUGCGAUUUUCACCUGCACGGCUUGGCCAGGAUGAAGGACUACUACCUGCGUGGAGAUGGGAGCGAAGCAACAGCUGCCGCCCGGAACGAAGGCCGGACGCCCCGGAUUCACAUGUUCACGGAUGGAUGCGGGAAGCAGCACAAGAGAAGGCGGAAUUUCCGCUCCUUGGCCAACAGCGUGCGGCAAAUCGACUUCUUCAUCGACCACCACUUCGCGGCCACAUCUCACUUCAAGGGUUGCCAUGGUGGGAUUGGCGGAGUGGCAAAGAACGCCAUGAAGAGGAGGGAGAGAUUUGGCAAGCGAAUCAUGGGGGCGGACGGGGUGGUCAGCGUUUUGCGAAGCUCCUUUCGGGAGAAGGCAGGCAGCGAGGGGGAGGAGGGUAUGCGGAAGUAUUUCGCGAAGUAGUCUCCGUACCGCAUGCGGAGAGUGCACGUCGAGUUUAUGGGCAAGAAGGAGAUAUAUCGGCCAAUUUCGGUCCUGGCAGGCAUAGAGGGUACACGAGACAUGUACCACUUCGCGGGAGCAAACACUCCCAAGUGGGAUGGGUCCACCACGACCGAGGGGCGCGAAGAUGACUGCAACCUGGUACGAAAGAGCGAGGGGCGGGGUAGCUUGUCGAGUCAAGAGAAGAGCAGGUUGCGGGAAGUCAAGGUGUUGGGUGCAGUAGGGAGCAGAUGAAAGGGUAAGGGGGCUGAGUUGCAGGAUCUGGUGUCGGGGGAGGAAGACGUGCCUUGCAGAAAGGUGAAACGGACGUACAGGCUCAGGCCUCGGCUGGCGUCGUGCUUCUGCUCGGCGUGCCAGCAUUGCGAGUAUGAGCAGUGCUACGUCAGCAAGACGUACCCACGUCUCGUUCCCGCAUUGCAAGAGGGCGAAGUGAAGGAAACGGCGAUCAUGGACACCGGAGUAGCGCCCGUAGACGAAGAUAACUGCCGGGGGAUCCAGUUCGGGAGUAGGAGAAAGGAAUGCAAGAUGGAGAUAAUUACUGGGACACAAGGGCAAGAAUGCGAAUCUGCUGCUGCGUCAAAGAUUUGGGAAGAGCUUGGUAGGAAGGAAGAGCCCAAUAUUUUCGCCCGUUUCGGGCGGUGGUCUGGUUUUUACGUGAUGUGCUUCUUGUAUUUGCUUGUGGAGCAUUAGGUGGGGUUCAAAGCCCGUUUGAGGUACAACUUGGGGG